CCAGUUGACGCGCGCUGGAAGGAGAGGGGAGUGGGAAGGAGGCUGAGGUGCAAACAGCCGCCGCCGCCAACGCCGCCCUCGCCACCCCAGCGGUGCCGUCGCCCAGCCGGGUCAGCGUGUUUCCUCCUCGCCCGUGAGCCUGGGGAACCUGCAGCUCAAAGCCGCCGCUAGCCACAGCACCAUGUACCCCGGGAACAAGCGGAAAAAGCUCUGGCGGGAGGAGAAAGAACGUUUGUUGAAGAUGACAUUGGAAGAGAGACGUAAAGAAUAUUUACGGGAUUAUGUACCUCUGAAAGAUAUUCCAACAUGGAUGGAAGAAAUGAAAAACAAAACCCAAAGUGAUGAAGACAACACCAAUGAAGCUUUCCUGAUGCAGAAAAGUCUCAGUGAGAAAGUCUCUCUAUACAGAGGUGAUAUCACAGUGCUUGAGAUUGAUGCCAUAGUUAAUGCUGAGAUUGAAGGAAGACACAAGAGGAUCAGCUAUCCUUCACUAAGGGAAGACUUAGUCAAUGAAGUAAAUGUAGCAAGAGCAUUGGGGGAUAGUGAUCAUGCAAAGAUUUUUAGGAUUGCUGUCAAGAGAAAGAAGGAUGGAAAUAUUAUGGACUUGGGGGUAUGUUCAAUGCAAACCAUCUGCCAGCAGACCAAGACCUCCCCUCUUUCUUUCAUGAUAUGUUGGCCAGCAUGUCCUGCAAAUGUGUUGAGGAGAAUUGAAGGAACUUUCCUUUCAGAAGGAGUGCACUGAAGUUUCAUCGAGGAAAAAAGGGGGAAUGUAGACUUCUGUUUUAAACUAAAUUAAACAUGCCUUUUCCGGGGCAGCCCCUACCCUGUGGAAUACCCUUCUCUGGCGGUCCAGCAGGUCCCCACCCUUUUAGCUUUCUGGAAGGCCAUAAGGAGCUGUCUCUUCUUCCAGGCACUAGGGCAGAGUGACAUGGUAGCCUGCAGAUGGUUUACUGGGGACAUCCCAGAAGGAUGACUGAGGCACCAGGGUUUGGUCAUUAUUUUUGUUUUUUUAAUUGUUUUUGUGAUUUUAUUGUUGUUGUGAGCUGCCCAGAGUUGUG